AUGGUCGGUCUUCUUUAUCUAUUCAGCUGCUUUGCCGUGGCAAUGACUUCGGCUUUAGCACAAGGUGUCCUAGGUGCCUACAAUGUUGAUCCUAGCUCGGUUUCAAUAUCCGGCUUUUCAAGCGGUGGCUUCAUGACCGUACAACUUGGUGUUGCUUAUUCCGAUGUCUUCAAUGUUGGUUUCGGCGUAUUUGCUGGUGGUCCUUACGAUUGUGCGCGUAACCAGAACGCUUUCAACAACUGCAUGUUUGACAACACUCCAUCCAUUGAUAUUCCAACAGCCAACAUGAAAUCAUGGAGUGGUGUUGAAAUUGCACAUGUCUCCAACCUGAGGAGUCGUAGGAUUUACAUGCAAACUGGAUCUGCAGAUGAAGUUAUUGGUCCAAAUGUAAUGAGGAAAUUGAAAGCACAGCUGGACCAAUUCACUAAUUCCAAGGAACUUACCUAUGUCACUACAACUGAUGCGGCCCAUACAUUUCCUGCAGAUUUCGGUGGCUUGGGUGACAACCCAUGCGAUACGUCUGAGCCCCCAUAUCUUAGCAACUGCAACUAUGAUGGCGCUGGUGCGGUCCUGCAGUGGUUGUAUGAUGACCUAAAUCCGCGCAACACGGGAUCCUUGUCUGGAAGAGUUAUCCCAUUUGCCCAAUCCGGUUCUUACGGUGCUCCCGGGAUGGACACUACGGCCUAUCUCUAUAUGCCCGCUUCGUGUGAGGACUCCUCGACUAUCUGCAAACUGCAUGUUGCCCUUCAUGGAUGUACCCAGGCAUAUGGUUUCAUUGGUGACAAAUAUAUCAACAAUACGGGGUAUAAUAUGUGGGCUGGUAAGAGCUGA